AUGGCAGCCGCCGUGGGGGAUCAGUUCCUCCAAGGAACAACAGGGCGCAACACGCGGGGAAUGCUCCGUGUCAUCAUCCUGUGUACCAUCGCAGCUGCAGCCGUCUCGAGUCGAUUAUUCAGUGUGAUCAGGUUCGAGAGCAUUAUCCACGAGUUCGAUCCCUGGUUCAACUUCCGCGCAACGAAAUACCUCGUCCAAAAUGGCUUCUACAGCUUCUGGGACUGGUUCGACGACAGGACGUGGCACCCUCUGGGUCGAGUUACUGGAGGCACCCUCUAUCCUGGCCUGAUGGUCACCAGCGGCGUAAUCUACCACAUCCUCCGCCUCCUCGCAUUGCCAGUUGACAUUCGAAACAUAUGCGUCCUGCUUGCACCAGGUUUCUCGGGCCUUACCGCCCUGGCUACCUACCUCUUCACCUCCGAGAUGUCAGACUCGCCCUCCGCAGGCCUUCUUGCCGCAGCCUUUAUGGGCAUCACUCCUGGGUACAUAUCCCGUUCGGUUGCAGGAAGCUACGACAACGAGGCCAUCGCUAUCUUCCUGCUGGUCUUUACCUUCUAUCUAUGGAUAAAGUCACUGAAGAACGGCUCAGCCAUGUGGGGCGCAUUGACCGCGCUCUUCUACGGCUACAUGGUGUCUGCGUGGGGUGGAUAUGUGUUCAUCACGAAUCUGUUGCCUCUGCAUGCCUUUGUGCUCAUCUGCAUGGGCCGGUACAGCCCGCGACUCUACGUCAGCUAUACUACCUGGUACGCCUUAGGCACGUUGGCAAGCAUGCAGGUGCCCUUCGUCGGGUUUUUGCCAAUCAGGAGUAGCGACCAUAUGGCUGCUCUAGGUGUCUUCGGCCUUCUCCAACUGGUCGCUUUCGUUGAAUUCAUUAGAUAUCAGUUGCCUAGCAAGCAGUUCCAGACCCUACUGCGAAGUCUGGUCCUCCUCGUCUUCGUGGUUGCCUUCGGUGGACUCGUCCUUCUGACCGUAAGCGGCACCAUCGCUCCGUGGAGCGGCCGCUUCUACUCCCUUUGGGAUACCGGUUACGCCAAGAUCCACAUUCCAAUCAUCGCCUCCGUCUCCGAGCAUCAGCCCACAGCAUGGCCAGCGUUCUUCUUUGAUCUGAACAUGCUGAUCUGGCUUUUCCCGGCCGGCGUCUAUAUGUGCUUCCGAAGCCUGAAGGAUGAGCAGGUGUUCAUCGUCAUAUACGCCGUCCUGGCAAGCUACUUUGCGGGAGUCAUGGUUCGGCUAAUGCUAACGUUGACGCCCAUCGUCUGCGUUGCUGCUGCGAUGGCCCUCUCCCAGAUUCUCGACACCUACCUUGUUGCCAAAUCUCCGUCAACUCAAGCUCAGGCCAACGGCAGCGCGGAGACCGUCAAGAACACCGCUUCAUCUAUGCUGCCGGAGUCUCUCCGCUCAACGCGAUCUCCCCUGAUCGGCAUCUACUCAUACACCUCCAAACUUACCAUUGUUGGAUCGGCAACAGCUUAUCUCCUGCUCUUUGUGCUUCACUGCACUUGGGUAACCUCCAACGCCUACUCAUCUCCGUCUGUUGUGCUCGCCAGCAGGUCACCGGACGGAUCGCAGCAUAUCAUUGAUGACUAUAGAGAAGCGUACUAUUGGUUGCGACAAAACACUCCCCAGGAUGCAAAGAUCAUGUCCUGGUGGGAUUACGGCUACCAAAUUGGUGGCAUGGCCGACCGGCCCACGCUCGUGGACAACAACACAUGGAAUAACACGCACAUUGCAACUGUUGGAAAAGCCAUGAGCUCUCGAGAGGAGGUCAGCUAUCCAAUCAUGCGCCAGCACGAGGUUGACUAUGUCCUGAUUGUGUUCGGCGGUUUGCUGGGCUACUCCGGUGACGAUAUCAACAAGUUCCUGUGGAUGGUCAGAAUCGCCGAGGGCAUCUGGCCGGAGGAAGUCAAGGAGCGCGACUUCUUCACUCCUCGCGGCGAGUAUCGUAUCGAUGAUCAAGCGACGCCGACCAUGAGGAACAGCUUGAUGUACAAGAUGUCCUACUACAAUUACAACUCUCUGUUCCCUGCUGGACAGGCUCAGGAUCGCGUCCGUGGCGCGAGGCUGCCCGCUGAGGGCCCUCAACUCAGCACCAUUGAAGAAGCGUUCACCAGUGAAAACUGGAUAAUCAGGAUCUACAAGGUCAAGGACCUUGACAAUGUUGGGCGUGAUCACGCAAGCGCCAUGGCGUUCGAGAAGGGGAACAAGAAGAAGAGACCUUCGAAGCGAAAAGGACCGAGGGUUCUCCGCGUUGAGUGA